AUGCUUUUAUCACUAAUCUAUCUCGUCGUGGAACUCACUUCUGCGGCGCCUUUGGUGAAUUGGCAACCUACUGUCACUGAUUGUAUCGAAAAUUGGAUAACGCAAGAUCGUGACCACUUUUCUUUCGGUGAGGGGGGUAAUCCUGGCAAGUUCCAACAGAGAUACUUCACAUUCAAAGACUUCUACCGCCCCGGUGGUCCUCUCUUCUUUUACGUUGGCAACGAGGGGCCAGUCGAGAUAUAUGUCAAUCACACUGGCCUCAUGUGGGAGCUCGGAUCGGACCUUGGCGCCUUCUUGGUGUUCGCUGAGCAUCGUUACUACGGCAAAACACAAGUCUACAGCGACGGCACUCCGGACUGUUUGCGUUAUCUCACGAUAGAGCAAGCGUUAGCCGACUACUCGGUGAUGAUUAACACUUAUACACGAAUAGCAUCGUCGCUGAUAGCGACGAUCGCUUUUGGGGGGAGUUAUGGUGGGAUGCUGGCAAGCGCAUUCCGAUACAAAUAUCCCCAUAUUAUCGACGGAGCGAUCGCAGCAUCCGCGCCCAUAUUUGCAAUUGGCGGGGUUACCCCCGAGCCUAGCAAGACCGCAUUUAACGAGAUAAUCACUCGUGACGCCGGGCCGGUGUGCGCGCAGAGAUGGUGCGACAAUUCUUCGCAUCUGAACAGCUCCGAUCUGGCAAACCAGAUGGUUGCAUGGGCGACCGCUCCUUGGGCCUACCUCGCAAUGGGGAAUUUUCCAUUCCCCAGCAAUUAUAUAACUGCGGCAAUGAACGUCGGAGGAGGUGCAGAUCUGCCGGCUCAUCCGGUUCGCGUUGCGUGUGAACCUUUCGAGCGCCUAGAUACGAUGCCUACUAAAAAGGAAGGCGCACAUAUACGAGCUCUCGCCGAGUCGUUGAGUAUAUACUACAAUGCAUCGGGUGAACUUGCAUGCAAUUCGUUCGCGGAAACUGACGGUGGAGGAGCUCCAAUACCAGAAGGCUCGUGUAAAGGUGACUACGGCUUUCAGACCUGCACUGAGAUGCCUUGGGGGCAGGAUUCGGGAACUGAUCGCGAUAUGUUCUGGCCACCGAGUGAGUUCGAUCCAGAUGACUACAAGGCAGAAUGCUUACAGAAGUAUGGCGUCACUACCAAGGCGUGGGCUGGCCUUCAGUUUCUGCGCAAUAUGGCGGACGCGCUGGCCAGUAUGAGCAAUGUGUUCUUUUCGAAUGGAAAGUUCGAUCCCUGGGGAGUAUCCGCUAGCGAAGACCAGAUUCCACAAGGAGUGGACUGUACGGUUAUGUAUUGCCCGAAAUCGGUGGCAUCCUUCGUGAUGGAGACCGGCGCCCAUCACUCUGAUUUGAUGUUCACCAGGGACGAGGUGAAUUAA